GUCAGCACUGGGUGAUCAACUCUCCAGCAGCACAACUUUCCCUCCACACUUUACUUUGCUAGACUUUACCGAGGCGGAGCGGGCUAUCAUGCUGCACCCGUGAGCAGAACCCUCCAUCAUCCGGUAUAUUAUUUUCAUUAUUACUAUUUAUUACUCUAAAUAAACCAACAGGUGACCCGCGUGAUGCCCAGCAAAUCUCUGCGUCCGCGGCUCUGCGUCCUGGAGAAGGGCGACACCGGCUACGGUUUCCACCUGCACGGGGAGAAGGGCAAAACCGGGCAGUUCAUCCGGCUGGUGGAGCCCGACUCCCCAGCUGAGGUCUCCGGUCUGCGCGCUGGAGACCGGCUGGUGUUCGUGAACGGAGCCCGAGUGGAGGCCGAGAGCCACCAGCAGGUCGUGGCGCGGAUCCGGGAGAGCACCGGGAGCCUGGAGCUCAUAGUGGUGGAUGUGGACACCGAUCAGCUGCUGAGGAAACACGAGCUGCGCUGCGAUGAAGAGUUCGUCACGGAGGGGAUCCCGGUGCCCGAGGCUGAGGAUGAACCGGAGAUCGUUAGGGAGGACACCGGGAGGGAGGACACGCCGCCGCCGGUGCCCGAGAGGAACGGAGAGAUCAUCCCGGUGUUCAUCCCCUCGCUGGAGAAACACAGGACAUCCGUCAGCUCAGACACGGACCUGAAGCUCGAGCUCAGACCGCGGCUUUGUUUCAUUAUGAAAGGCUCCAAUGGCUUCGGCUUCAACCUGCACAGUGAGAAAUCCAGACCGGGACAGUUCAUCAGAGCCGUAGACGAAGACUCGCCGGCGGAGAGAUCCGGACUCAGGCCCAAAGACCGCAUCGUACAGGUGAACGGUGUUUCGGUGGAGGGGAAGCAGCAUGCGCAGGUGGUGUCAGCGAUUAAAGCCGGGGGUGAGGAAACAUCACUCCUGGUUGUAGAUCCAGACACAGACGCUUUCUUCAAGAAGUGUCGAGUGACGCCGACCGCUGAACACCUUACAGGACCACUGCCUGAACCGCUGCUCAACGGGGACAUGGACGACAAGGUCAAUGGAAACAGAGACGUGGAGCUGAAGGAGUCGAAGUUAUCAGUGAGUCCGUCUCCAUCCAGCGCCUCCUCCAACACCUCCCUCACGACCCCGCCCACUGAGACUCCGCCUCCAGAGGCCGUGGAGGCGUCCAUCAUGGCUGCAAUCCCAGAGCUCAGUCUGUCUCUCCAGCAGGUCAAAGAGCGAGCGCACCAGAAGCGCUGCAAUAAGAGAGCGCCCCCUAUGGACUGGAGCAAGAAAAACGAACUCUUCAGUAACCUAUAGACCAGGGGUGACCAAACUUGCUCCUGGAGGGCCGGUGUCCUGCAGAUUUUAACUCCAACCCUAAUCAAACACACCUGAACACGCUAAUCAAGGUCUUACUAGGUAUACUUGAAACAUCCAGGCAGGUGUGUUGAGGCAAGUUAGAGCUAAAUCCUGAAGGGACACCGGCCCUCCAGGACCGAGAUUGGUGACCACUGCAAUAGACCUUCAUCCACCCAUUCAUCCGUCCAUCAGCUCUGUUUUAAAGGCUCCUACACAACUAAUAAUGGUCACUAUAGCCUUAUCUCCACCAAAUCCACUAGACAACACACUUUUAUUUAUUAUAAACACAUGCUAGCUCGGUCACCUGCCACUUUAAGUGAAGUUUAUUUCUUAACUAAUUUUGAGAGGAGCACGUGCUCAUGAUUGCCUGCAGCUGGUCCCGCAUUAUUCAUAAGCCACUAUAAAUACCCUAAGCUCCAUAUAA